UUAACCUUACCGAUAUCCCUUAUUUAUAUGUCAAACAAGAUCAAACCUCCUUCUUGUCUCUCAGUUAAGUCAACCAUCGUUUCGCGGGAACUCCUUUCCCGUCAAAUGGAGAAAUACCAUAGCAGUCGCCGGAAAAUCGCCGAAGAUGGGAAUGGGAUACAUCGCUCUCCCCAAUUGUUACGAACCACAAGCACAUCAUUGCCGGAGAUUCCUCCUUUAAAGUUAAAUUCCGGCAGAAAAUCCGUCGCCCUGCCGAAUUCCGCCACCAGAAUUAGAAUCAGUAGCAGUAGCAGAAGCAGUAGCACCAGCAGAGGUAGUGAAGAGAACAGAAAUCCAUCAGCCACUAUAAUUCCAGCAAUCAUCAAGAAGCCUCAAGCUGAUCAUAAGCUCAUGAUCAAUAUUCCGGUCCGGAACUUGCAGAGUCACCGGAGUCCCGACGUAGUGAAAUUCGUAGAGAAAGUGAAACCAAAGAGGCCAGGAUCAGUUUCUCCCUCGGCCUGGGCGUUAUCUCCUGGAAGGUCAUCGUCUUCUAUUUUUCCGGUGCCGGAAUCUCCGGAUAAUAAUUCCGGUCGAACAGCAACAACAACAACGAAACAGAGCUCACAGAGCUCCAGAAGUGUCAGUAGCGUAUUGAAUUAUUUCCGACAGAAGAAGGCUUCUUCAGUCCAAGAGGAAGCGUUCCAUCAAUUAAGAAUUAUGCAUACGAGAUUGCUACAAUGGAGAUUCGCGAAUGCGAGAGCUCAAUCCACUUUAGCCGCUACGAAGCAUUUUGCAGAGGAUAGGAUAUUUAAGGUUUGGUUAAGGAUCUACCAUCUGCGCAAUUCCAUUCUAGAAAAGAGGCUUCAGAUUCAGAAACUCAAACAUGAGAUGAAGAUAAUUCAAAUUAUUAAUCCUCAAGUUUGCAUUCUUAGCGAAUGGGAAAAGAUUGAGAAGAAAAAUUCAGAAGCAGUAGCAAGAAUUGGGAGAAAAUUGUCUGCAUCAUCAACUGCACUUCCCUUGAUAAAUGGUGCCAAGGCUGAUACAGAUUCAAUUCAGAAUGCAAUGCUCACAGCCAUAGGUGUCAUGGAGAGUAUUGAAGGAACAAUUAUGAAGUUCAUCUCAAAGGUUGAGGAAACAGGUUCAUUAGCUUCAGAGCUAGUCAAUACUAUAGAACAAGAGAAGAAAGGUUUAGAAGAAUUGAGGAAGGAAAUCACUGUUGUUGCAUCACUUGAGGCAGAAGAAAAAAGCCUUACGGCACACACUAUUCAAGGAGCUACACAGAAGAUGGUAGGUAGAAACCAUUUGUUAUCUUCAAACAAAUUGACAGCUGCUUGGUACAGGAACGUUAAAGAGAAGGCAAUUCCUCAGCAAAAGUAUAGAAAGGGGCACUUCCUUCGAUUAUACUUAUCAAAUGUACAAUCCAAAGAUAACUUGGGACAAGAAUCUUAAGAGUUACUAGGACUUGUAUAUUACAUAUAUAUCACAUAAUACCAAAAACAACUAAAGGUUUUUGUGAAC